UUUUCUAUGAUUCUAAUUGAUUACUUUUUCUUCUUUUGAUGAAGGUUGAGCAAGUUUCAACUCUUGUGCAGCCAUGGCUCUGGUUUUGCACUCAACAAGUAACAACAAAAAUGCCUCAAAGGCACUCAUUGCUGCUGAGUACACUGGUGUAAAGGUUGAACUUGCAAAGGAUUUCCAGAUGGGUGUAUCAAACAAGACACCCGAGUUUAUCAAGAUGAAUCCAAUUGGAAAGAUUCCUGUGCUUGAAACACCUGAUGGACCUGUUUUUGAGAGCAAUGCUAUUGCACGUUAUGUUGCUAAAUCGAAGCCCGACAGUACUCUUUUUGGCUCUUCAUUGAUUGAAUAUGCUCAAAUCGAACAAUGGAAUGAUUUUUCUGCCACUGAGAUUGAUGCAAACAUUGCACGUUGGUUGUACCCACGCCUUGGAUAUGGUGUACACAUUCCUCCAGCCGAGGAAGCUGCCAUAGCUGGAUUGAAGAGAGCUCUUGGUGCUUUGAACACCCAUCUUGCAUCUAACACAUACUUGGUUGGACACUCAAUUACAUUGGCUGACAUCAUCAUGGGCUGCAACUUGAGCAUUGGUUUUAGGAUGAUAAUGACUAAGAGCUUUACCAAGGAGUUCCCACAUGUAGAGAGAUACUUCUGGACUGUGGUUAAUCAGCCAAAUUUCUGCAAGAUAUUGGGUGAGGUGAAACAAGCUGAAUCUGUCCCAGCUUUGCAAUCCAAGAAGCCAGCGGAACCUGCAAAACCCAAGGCUGAGCCAAAGAAAGAGGUUAAGAAGGAAGAACCAAAGCCUGAAGAGGAGGAAGCUGCACCCAAGCCUAAGCCAAAGAAUCCUCUUGAUCUCUUGCCUCCAAGUAAGAUGAUUCUGGAUGAUUGGAAGAGGCUUUACUCCAACACCAAGACCAACUUCCGUGAGGUUGCCGUUAAAGGUUUCUGGGACAUGUAUGACCCUGAAGGAUAUUCUCUCUGGUUUUGUGACUACAAGUACAAUGAUGAAAACACAGUCUCCUUUGUAACCUUGAACAAGGUUGGUGGUUUUCUGCAAAGGAUGGAUCUGGCACGCAAGUACGCGUUUGGUAAGAUGUUGAUCAUUGGUUCUGAGGCCCCAUUCAAGGUGAAGGGAUUGUGGCUUUUCCGUGGAAAGGAAAUUCCCAAGUUCAUUAUGGAUGAAGUCUAUGACAUGGAGCUAUAUGAAUGGAAGGAAGUAGACAUCAACGAUGAAGCCCAGAAGGAGCGUGCCAGUCAAAUGAUUGAAGAUUUCGAGCCUUUUGAGGGAGAGGCUCUGUUGGAUGCAAAGUGCUUCAAGUAAACACUCUGUUGCAUGCGGCAAUGUUUCCUUUUGCCUGAGGUUAUAGUUUACUUAUGUUUUGUCCUCCCAAAUUUACUUAGAUUCUUGUUUUAAACACUAUCUUGUCUUUCCUUAGAGAAAUUGUCUGUCUUUGUAGCGUGCUUUCUAAAUUAUUGAUUUCACAUAGUUCAUGGGACAUAUAUGUGGUUGAAUUAUGUUAUCCUUUUCCAAGUAAAACAGUUUUGGCAGUGCAGUGCUUCUUUCUGGUGAA